CAAAUGUCGUACCUACUCACGGAAAUUGCUUUGGAGAUGCUUGGCUAUAAGUUUUACGAUACCAACGGUAUCUUCCACCUGACCAACUUUCAGAACAACUCGACGCACAGCGAAUCUCAUCCUGAAGAGCCUUCACUGACAGAGUUUAUUGAGCAGCCCGAAUCCCCAGAUAAAGAGACACCGUGUCAGGAUUUGGGGGUGGAAACAGAUCUUGUCGCUGGCCUUAGCAUUGCGCCCGAUUUACGCAAUCCGCGACGCACGCCGGCCAAGGCGCUGGCUAAAAUAAUGGACUACGAGAAGGAGAAGAUCAUUAACCAGAUCUCCACUCGUCUGGAGCAAUUGGUGGCGCGACGGGCGGCUGUUUACAGUGAGCAGCUGCUGGCUGAAAUUAUGGAUGAGGAGGAAAAACUUAUCAGGGAGGAUGCCAGCGAGAUGCGCAAGUUCCGCGAAUUUCUACAGACCCGUUUGCAGCGUCUGGACAAAGGACCCUACGAGAAAUAUGUGCGAACAUUUGGACCCGACUAGGGUACUACUGUACCACUGGAGAGGGAAAUAAGUCGAGUUAGGAACAAGCCUUUAGGUUGUUUAUAAACGUCCAUAAUAAAAUAGUCAUAGUGCA